AUGUCCGACUUUGUAGUGCGUGAAGCCACGCUUGCGGACCGCGACACCAUCCUCGGCGAGCUCUCAGACAACAUCUACAACGGCUUCGACUACAUCCCGUGCUGUUACCAACGCUGGCUGCACGACGAUGAACAUACGAUGCUCUGCGUGGAAGAGCGCAACACAAACACCAUUGUCGGGUUCGAAGUGAUUGGGCUGUACGACGGCGGCCGAACGGCCGUGUAUCAUGCAUUGCGCGUGCACCCGGCAUACCGUGGCCAGGGCGUGGCAAAGCUGCUCGGUCGGGCCCUGCAAGAGCGCACGCGCCGCGACUUUCCAAGCGUCACUCAUAUCCGCAGCUGCGUUCAGGACAAGAACCCCGUUGCUCUUGGCAUGCACUACAAACAGGGCUACAAGCCUGUGUCCACAACUGCGUUCCGGUACGCGGAGAUCCUCAAGCCCGUCCCCCGCUCCGUCUUCAAACCAGACCAGCUCGGCGUCAAGAGGGUGUCUGCACAGGAGGUGUGGGGGCUGCUGUCACGCAUGCCGGAGAGCAAGCGGCUUGAGCUCAUACCGGGCAAUGCGCUGCUGGUGGAUUGGAUCCCGCGUGACGCCUGCAUCGAGGGCCUGACGCUGUGCUGCUCCGUGUACAGCUACGCCGAGUUUGAUCCCCUCCGCCGCCUCUUCCUCCACUCGCUCUGCUACAACGCCUUUGGCUGCAACCACGUGCUGCUGAGCUACGAUAUGGGCCUGCGUCGCGGCCUCCCACCACGCGAGGACGAGAGCGCGCGCGACUAUCGCAUGCCGCCCGCCAUUGCUGAUCUGCAGACGGAGCUGAGUGGUUACAUCGACUGCAGCGCCGACACCAUCGGCUGCAACAUGGCGCUCCUGCAGAAGCCCGUCGAGUAG